AUGAUGUUCUGGAGGGUAUUGCGUGCCAGGCUAGCGCGAACAUCGGGUGCCUAUGGCCAGUCCCAGUUCAAGCGUGCAUGCGAUAUCUUCGACUCCCACGAGUCGAAGCAGACUGAGCGAACCACCAUUCGCGAGGCCCCAGACCCAUCUACCACCUGGACAAGUACUUUGGGGUGCGGCGAGGAGAAACUCUGUUCGGAGAAAUGCAGGAUCGUGGACUGCAAGCCCACCGAGAAGGUUACAGUCAUAGAGCCUGCUGGUGCUGUGUUCACAGAGACCUUGACUGGUCUGAACGAAGUGGACCGAGAGCUGCUUCUCUUCAGCGGGCGAGGGCAUUUGAGCGCGGUUUGUUGGCUAUUGAAGCUAGGUGCCAAUGUUUCAGCCACCGACAGCAAUGGCACCUCAGGGCUUCAUGCAGCCUGUCGCAAGGGCAAUUUGAAGGUGGUGCAGUUCUUUCUCCAAAGCAACAGCUUCGUGGGCUGCACGGACUGUGCUGGCUGGACUCCUCUGCAUGUGGCAGCCUUCAUGGGCCAGCGCCAUGUCUGCCAGGAGCUGCUAGCUGCUGCAGCUGAAGCAACGCUUCCCAGCAACACCGGGCAGAGCCCUCUCGAGCUGUGCACGGAUACCAGCACAAGACAACUAAUUGUUCUACAUUCUGGUGAUGCACGGCCGGCUGCGCCAAUGCUGCCUCACUCAGCCGCCCCCGUGGUGGCACCGGUGUCAAGUGAGGACUGCCUCCAAGAAGAUUCCAAAGGCGAGGGCGAAAAACCAGAAAUUCGCUAUGAGCCAUUUUUCAUUCCCAGAAAGGCUGUGUUUGGAGAUUGUGAAAGAGAAGCGCGUCUUGAUGCACUUUGCGACCGCCUUUCUCAGAAGUUCUUCGAGCAACAUGGUGGGCGCGCUCUCGCGUUCAUGGUGGCCUCGGGGGUGGUGCGAGACUUUCCAGUGGACCUCAUCAUUUAUUUGCGAGCUCAUGAGUGCUCUCCUCGUGAGAUUGGGUGGUUUCUUAGUGAGGACUUCUCCUUGGCAAAGAUCCUUAGGAUGGAGUUCUUCAAUUCUGUUCGUCUUUUGGACACCGGUGUGCUCUCAGCCCUUUGCUUCGCACUGCUGGGUCUACGACUUCCAUUGGACCUUCAGCGAUUGGACAGAUGCAUGUGGAGCUUGGCAGAGUGCUGGUGGCGCCAACACAUCCGAGCCAGACGCGACGGGGUGCUAAACACCUUCAAGGGCUCGGGAGAAAUCUCUGGAAAGCAUCUUGCAGAGCUCAUCGGCAGCGUAGAAGAUUUGCAUGAGCUCUUCUUCUCUACGGUGAUUCUGCACUGGAAUCUUCAUGCUCCGCUUCCACAGUCGCAACGGCUCACGGCCUCGGACUGGAUUGAGAUGCAUCGCGUCGGAGGUGUUCAGAUUGUCCGGGAAGAAGUGCUGUCUCCGAUCUAUGAGGUGCUUGCUAAAGCUCCUUUGGAUCCGUUGCUGCUUGGGCCUUCACCAGGAGAUGAGCGUGUGGAAGGACCUGCCGCUAGAUCGCUUUGCGGAUCUGAGGCAACAUUGGAGGGCUGGGCAUCAGUCCAGGGAGAUGGCUUGCAGAUGGGCCUGGAGGACCCUCUACAGCUUCCAUUGCACAAUGGCCUCGAAGAAAACAUCAGCAGUUUAUGUGAGGGUACAUUUUCAGGCCGCCGGCCGAAACGGCCCAGUCAUGCUGUGCAGGUGCUGGCGGCCCCCACGCCACGCAGAGAAGCUGCUUGGCUCACCUUCUGCAAUGAUUCCCUAUUACUACUUUCUUUGGGUCCCACGCACUGUCCCUUCGCAUUCCUGAAGUUGAAGGAGGUCAAAUUGGCCGAUGUGGACCCUGGUCGAGCCUUGUUGUCUUUGAACGGCAGCUCUGAGAGGGGCAGGGUGGAACUGGUUCUACUUUUGCCAGAUGGACGUUGGCAUACUUGUUCUAUGCACGCGCUGGUGAUCCAAGUCUUGGACGUGAGUCAACUGAAGAACUGGGUCUUAAGCUUUGCUCCAGCUGCAGGUCCAACUUGGCCAACCAAAAACAAAACAGUUUUGCCGUUUUGCCAGGUUCCCUCGAGUGUACUUGAGCUGUAUGCUUCUGCAUGCUUCUGCAAUUGCCUGGGCUUGCCGAGUUCGGGGUAG